AUGGAUACUUUUCUAACUGGCCUUACCCGACAGGCGAUGAACUAUGCCAUUCGCUCGGGUAUCGCGAUAACUGCUAGCUAUGCAAUGCGGCAGUCAUCUCGCCUACUAAAAAAUGUCAAAAGUGAGGAUCGUGACGAACUACUUUCAUUGCAACAGCGCCUAGAAAGCAAGAUCCAAGUCAUCUCCCCAUCUAUUGAUAUGAUUGAGUUAAUUGCUGCUCGGGGGAAUACGUCAUUAGAAUCUGCCGUUGCCCUCACCAAGUCUUUGAGAUGGGAAAUCCAGGCAUUAGGACAGCGAUUGGCAAAGAUUGUCGCAUCGGAAGAGUCAAGGCGAAAAGGAGCUCACUCCUCCAAAGACCGCACACACAGCGAAAUUGAAAUCAAGCCUAUCAUCAAGGAUAUUAAAAGGCUGUUAGCUCGGAUUGAAGACGCAGUACCACUCAUGAACCUAGCUAUCACAACAUCCGGGGCCAAAUUGUCCACCAACCUACCAGCUACGGUCUCGCCAUCUCGACUUCUCCAGGCGAGCACGUUUCUUACAGCAGGAGACACACAGUACUCGAUGUCUCCAUCUCAGGCGGUCCAAGUAGGGCCCACAUUCACAUUAUCUAUGUACAUGCUGUUUGCCAGCCACGUGCGUCCUCAUGACGAAGAAUCUGUCCGCGAGGCAACAUGGAAGGAAGUCAUACACAAGGCGCGGUUGAAGCUGCGUCGUGUUCCAAUGAACUCAUUACAGUCUCCGAAUGAACGACCAAGAACCAAACUCCCGGGACCGGCUGGAGCUGAUGAAUACACAUACCAAGUCCUGAUAAUUGAGGAUUUGGAUGAUGGACGAGUCCAUACAUUCGACGAGCAUGAUCCGCAGCCCCAACAAAACUACGAGGGUGUAUCUAGUGCGGGAAUACGUGACAUCCUCCCUAUCCACCAAAUUUCCAAGAUUUUUUACGCAGACACUGGAAGAAUUCUCAACAUCAGUACAGAAGGAGAAACAAACAAUCCAGUGCUCCUCUUGAAACGGGACCUGAACGCUCUUCCUCCGCGACGUAUGAUGGAACGCGAGGAGGUGGAUGAUGACUUCUCUCGAUCAGGCUCCGAAAAGGAACCCGAAGACGAAGAACAAGCCCAACUCGAUGCACAGCUAAACGGAGACGAUGGUUCAGCAAGCGAUAACCUCAACUCUUUCCACCAAGACUCCAUACCUGAAGAAUGGCGGCUACCUUCUGGACUGGACCCAGAAUGGAUUGCAUUCGAGGUGUUCAAUGAAGACGAAGACUCCGAUACCGAGUCCGACAGCGAAGCUUUGGAAUCCCCCAUAGCAGACUCCACAAUCGACACAAGCCUAAUGGCACAGCUAUCCAUAGAAGAAAAGGGCAACUCAUCGCCCCCAUCACCCUCCUCAUCUCGCCAAAAACAAACACCCCAACCAGCCGCCACGACAACAGUCACCAACCCACACUUCGAAAACAUCCGCACCUCACUCUCCCUCCUCGAGACCCUCCUCCGCCUAUCCUCCCUCCAACAAUUCCAGCAACAAUCCCACCUCUCCAUCAGUGACGAGCUCCUCAACUUCUUCCUAGAAGAAUCAUCCACCACUGGUGCCGGCGGCGACGAACAACACCGCCAGCGGCUCCGCUCCGAUGCCCGUCGCCGCGUCGGCUGGGACCCUUACAACGAAAGCCCAGUCAAGCACCGCGGCGAGGACUACCAAUACGGCUGGGAACCUGGUAGUAGCCCCUACCAAUACGGCGGUGACCCAUACUCGCCCAGCGGGCGUGGGCAGGGCUUCCACCUUCGUUCUAGGGAAAAUACCCCCGAGACACCAGUGCGCAAAGGCUCGUCGAAUGUCCGCUCUAGUAAUCUGCGUGGUAUGACGCCUGCUUAUGCUGAAUCGCCUCUCUCUAAGAGGGGGGAGUGCAGCCUCAAGGGGUGA